AUGUACAGGACUACAAUUUCACGCCUUAGAGCUCUCAAGGGUCGUGCCGGGAAUUUGGGAACUGCUUGGUAUGCUACUUCAAGUGCAGUAGCUUCUAGGCCAUCCUCACCAGGCUUCUUUACCUGGCUGACUGGAGAAAAGACUACUUCUCUUCCUCCCUUGGAAGUACCGCUUGCAGGUGUUGCCCUCCCACCUUCAUUACCCGACUACGUCCAACCAGGAAAGGUUAAAUCAAAAGUUCUGGAAAAUGGUUUGACGAUAGUCUCAGAAGCAUCAUCGAAUCCUGCAGCCUCCGUAGGAUUAUAUCUUGAUUGUGGUUCUGUCUAUGAGACUCCCAUUUCAUGCGGAGCAACCCACUUGCUUGAAAGGAUGGCAUUCAAGAGUACUAGAAACAGGAGUCAUUUGCGCAUUGUCAGGGAAGUUGAGGCAAUCGGGGGUAAUGUAGCAGCUUCAGCCUCUCGAGAACAGAUGGGAUACACUUUUGAUGCUCUUAAGACAUAUGCUCCUGAGAUGGUAGAGCUGCUUAUUGAUUGUGUAAGGAAUCCUGUCUUCUUGGAUUGGGAAGUUAAUCAAGAGCUGAAAAAGGUGAAAGAUGAAAUUGCGGAGCUCUCUAAAAAUCCUGAAGGCUUACUGCUGGAGGCUAUUCAUUCUGCUGGUUUUCAUGGUCCAUUGGCGAAUCCUCUUUUGGCUCCAGAAUCAUCACUAGACAGACUGAAUGGUGACAUUUUAGAGGAAUUUGUAGCUAAGCACUACACAGCUCCUAGGAUGGUCCUUGCUGCAUCUGGGAUUGAAUUCGAGGAGCUUGUCUCUGUUGCAGAGCCACUGCUUUCCGACCUCCCACGGGUGAUACACACUGAUGAGCCAAAAUCCAUGUAUGUUGGAGGGGACUAUCGCAAACAAGCUGCUUCACAGUUGGCACAUGUUGCUCUAGCUUUUGAAGCUCGUGGAGGAUGGCAUAAAGAGAAAGAUGCUAUAGUGUUGACUGUUCUUCAGAUGCUUAUGGGAGGAGGUGGCUCAUUCUCUGCAGGGGGGCCUGGAAAAGGGAUGCACUCACGACUUUAUAUCCGUGCCUUGAGCAAGUAUUCAGAACUCCAAUCUUUCUCUGCAUUCAACAGCAUCUUCAAUAAAACUGGAUUGUUUGGCAUCUAUGCUAGCUGUGGCCCGAACUUUGUGCAUAAAGCAGUUGAUAUAGCAGUGGCUGAACUAAUUGCCAUUGCAACACCUGGACAAGUUACCGGGGAACAGCUUAAUCGUGCCAAGGAGUCCACAAAAUCUGCAGUUUUGUUUAAUCUCGAAUCUAGGAUGAUUGUAGCCGAAGAUAUUGGGAGACAGUUUUUGACUUAUGGAGAAAGGAAGCCUGUGGAACACUUUAUAAAGGCUGUGGAUGAAAUCACAUUGGAUGACAUUACUUCCAUUGGAUGCUCGCUAAUUAGGUCACCUCUAACAAUGGCAUCUUAUGGGGACGUUCUUAAUGUCCCCAGCUAUGAAAGUGUUAGCUCCAAGUUCGAACGGGUUUUUUCUUCCCUGUUCACUCUGGCUUUAGUCAUGCCUAUGGCUAAGAGAGCAGCUCCUCUUGCUCUGUUCAUGAUGAUAGCUCUUUUUGGAGGCUGUUUUGAUGCUGGCUACAAUGUUGGUGAAUCUGCUGGCUGGACCUUUGGAGUCGACUAUAGCCAGUGGGCUUCCACCAAGAAAUUCCAACUCAGUGACACUCUUCGUAUGCACCUUGAAUGUGAUUUCUUGCAAUUUUUCAAUUACAACACUCUGUUUCACAAUGUUUUGCAAGUGACCAAAGAAGACAACAAAUCUUACAAUCUAAAAUCCCCAGUUGCUACCUAUGCUAGUGGCAAUGACUCCAUCACCCUUACUCUUACUUCGUCUGUGGUUUUAUUCGUCAUUGCCAAUCCAAUCGAGUUGGCAAUGGAUCAGAUAUAA